CCCAGCCCCUGCCGCUCGGGGCAGAUGAUGCUGAAGAUGCUCUCCUUUAAGCUGCUGCUGCUGGCCGUGGCUCUGGGCUUCUUUGAAGGAGAUGCUAAGUUUGGGGAAAGAAGCGAAGGGAGCGGAGCGAGGAGAAGAAGGUGCCUGAAUGGGAACCCCCCGAAGCGCCUGAAAAGGAGAGAUAGGCGGAUGAUGUCCCAGCUGGAGCUGCUGAGUGGGGGAGAGAUGCUGUGCGGUGCCUUCUACCCUCGGCUGUCCUGCUGCCUGCGGAGUGACAGCCCGGGGCUAGGGCGGCUGGAUAACAAGAUAUUUUCUGUCACCAACAACACAGAGUGCGGGAAGUUACUGGAAGAAAUCAAGUGUGCACUGUGCUCUCCACACUCCCAGAGCCUGUUCCACUCGCCUGAGAGAGAAGCCUUGGAAAGAGACCUAGAACUUCCCCUGCUCUGCAAAGACUAUUGCAAAGAAUUCUUUUAUACUUGCCGGGGCCACAUUCCAGGUUUCCUUCAAACUACUGCUGAUGAGUUUUGCUUUUACUAUGCAAGGAAAGAUGGCGGGUUGUGCUUUCCAGAUUUCCCAAGAAAACAGAUCAGAGGACCAGCAUCUAACUACUUGGAUCAGAUGGAAGAAUAUGACAAAGUGGAAGAGAUGAGCAGAAAGCACAAACACAACUGCUUCUGUAUUCAGGAGGUUGUGAGUGGGCUGCGCCAGCCUGUCAGCGCCCUGCAUAGUGGGGAUGGCUCGCACCGUCUCUUCAUUCUGGAAAAAGAAGGUUACGUGAAGAUACUUACCCCUGAAGGAGAAAUUUUCAAGGAGCCUUAUUUGGACAUUCACAAACUUGUUCAAAGUGGAAUAAAGGGAGGAGAUGAAAGAGGACUGCUAAGCCUUGCAUUCCAUCCCAAUUACAAGAAAAAUGGAAAGCUGUAUGUGUCUUAUACCACCAACCAAGAGCGGUGGGCUAUCGGGCCUCAUGACCACAUUCUUAGAGUUGUGGAAUACACAGUAUCCAGAAAAAAUCCCCAUCAAGUGGAUCUGAGAACUGCCAGAGUCUUUCUUGAAGUGGCAGAACUCCACAGAAAGCAUCUGGGGGGACAGCUGCUUUUUGGCCCUGAUGGGUUUUUGUACAUCAUUCUCGGUGAUGGGAUGAUCACACUGGAUGAUAUGGAAGAAAUGGAUGGAUUAAGUGAUUUCACAGGUUCGGUGCUCCGGCUGGAUGUGGACACAGACAUGUGCAGUGUGCCGUAUUCCAUACCGAGAAGCAACCCGCACUUCAACAGCACCAGCCAGCCCCCGGAAGUGUUUGCCCACGGCCUCCACGAUCCAGGCAGAUGUGCUGUCGAUCGACAUCCCACUGAUAUAAACAUCAAUUUAACAAUACUUUGUUCAGACUCCAAUGGAAAGAACAGAUCAUCAGCCAGAAUCCUACAGAUAAUAAAGGGGAAAGAUUAUGAAAGUGAGCCAUCACUUUUAGAAUUCAAGCCAUUCAGUAAUGGUCCUUUGGUUGGUGGGUUCGUUUACCGAGGCUGCCAGUCUGAAAGACUGUAUGGAAGCUACGUGUUUGGAGACCGUAAUGGGAAUUUCUUAACUCUCCAGCAAAGUCCUGUGAGCAAACAAUGGCAAGAAAAACCGCUCUGUCUUGGCAACAGUGGUUCCUGUAGAGGUUACUUUUCAGGUCACAUAUUGGGAUUUGGAGAAGACGAAUUAGGUGAAGUUUACAUUCUAUCAAGUAGCAAAAGUAUGACCCAGACUCACAAUGGAAAACUCUACAAAAUCGUAGAUCCCAAAAGACCUCUAAUGCCUGAGGAAUGCAGAGCCACGGUACAACCUGCGCAGACACUGACUUCGGAGUGUUCCCGGCUCUGUCGGAACGGCUACUGUACGCCCACGGGAAAAUGCUGCUGCAGCCCGGGAUGGGAAGGGGACUUCUGCAGAAUCGCAAAAUGUGAGCCAGCAUGUCGUCACGGAGGUGUCUGUGUUAGACCAAACAAGUGCCUCUGUAAAAAAGGAUACCUUGGUCCUCAGUGUGAACAAGUGGACAGAAACAUCCGCAGAGUAACCAGGGCAGGUAUUCUUGAUCAGAUCAUUGACAUGACAUCUUAUUUGCUGGAUCUAACAAGUUACAUUGUAUAGUUUCUGGGACUGUUUGAAUAUUCCUUUCCAAUGGGCAUUUAUUUUUUAUCCUGUCAUUAAAAAGAAAGACUGUUAUCCUGCUACACACUCCUGUGAUUUCAUUUUCUUUUAUUAAUUUAAAAAUAAUUUUCAGAAAUGUGCAGAUCCUAUGUGUGUAUGUUGGCACAUUGGUUCACAUAUGCACAUACACACACACACUCACAACCCUUAUACCCGUGGUUGCAUAACAGAUGGGUUUUAAAAAUAUAUAUUUCCUUGUGUGGAGUAAUUUACGCAAAAAUUCCUUUGUAAAUUGAUAGUGGAAUUUUUAUGUCACCAGAAGAGAUUAUUUGACUUCCCAAGAAUUUUCUGUCUGUAAUAACUAAAGUCAACUUUAAUGGAGUUUUGAAACAUUGCUGUACAAUCUGAUGGAUCUAAUAAAAAAAGGCAAUAUUUUUAUAUUAAAGGACUAUAAUAUGAGAGAAUGUUUCAGAACUCCCUGAUGAAUUUCUAAAUGGGCAACUUGGUAUAAAAUUGUAAUCUUCAUUUUUAUCAAUGUAUCCAAUUACAGAAUGUUACGCACUUACCUUUUUAUUGGCAGAUAAGUCUUGUUACCCUAGCUUAAUCUCAAGAUUGUUUUCAAGUGUUUUAUAAUUAAAUCAUAACAGCAUACGUAUUCUAAAACCAAUCUUCCUAAAAGGUCUGCUUUUAUUGUAUAUUUUAUUUAACAAUAGGCACUGGGUUUGUGUUACAUAUUUAUAUUUUUUAUUUUAUUUUUAUAAUAUAGACAUCACCUAGAUGAAACACCUUUACCCUGUCCUGUAAAAUACUAAAGUUACAUUUUUCACCAACUUAAUUGGAAUGAAGGGGAGUGAGAAACAGUCUUUAAUGUGCUGUGGAUCUAAUCUAGCAAUGUAUCCUUGUGCCAACAUGUAAUCAUUAACGACGGAUGAAAAAGCAAGAAAACAGCCAAUCCUUAUAAAAUUCCAGCAUUAAACAUUUGUAAUGUGCUUUUCACCAUAGCAAGACUGUCCGAGUAUACGUAAUUAGAAUGUUGCAGAUUUCAGAUUGAAUCGAACCUCACUGAGAAGAGCUCACUCGUUUUGACAAAUCUUGGUUAUGUAAACUGUCACUUGUACAAAUUUUUAAUAUAAUAAUUCUUGCCAAAUAUGACUUUUAAUGUAUAUGUUCUUUCAGAACUCAAUGAAAAUCCUCUUUGGUUAAUGUAUGAAUAAAUUUUCUGUAAAUGUUCUGUUCAAGUUUUUAAAGAAAUGCCAUGUUCUGAUUUAAAACUGCAAAAAGUCUGAUAGACAUUUGUCUUAAUGGUUUUCGAGGCCAGCUCUCUACGUUUAGGUUAUAAGAAAAUUAUGCGGCCUCUUUGCACUACUGAAAAAACACCUACUCAUGACAUGCGCACACCCACUAUAGGUUGUCCUUCUGUAAACAUCUGUUCUUCCAGAAUCUAAAUUGGAGAGUAGUAUAGAUUACACAGCACAGGCUGACUUUCCAAACCUGCUCCUUACCUUUAGGAAUAUGAGCCUCAAUUAAAAAAAAUAAAAUCUUGUAACUAGUAUUUCUCUAUUGUUUUAAAGUGAGAGAUUUGCAAUUAAAGCACAGUGAGCAUUUAUAUAGAAACCACAACGUAGAAAGGUUGGUUAAGUACACUGCUCUUGUCUUCCAUAUAUGAUUACUUAAGUUUCAAGUGACCUCAUGCCAAAUGGAAAUGGGUUGAGAAAUCUUGGUUCAGUGCUUAGUGAACAAUAGCCUGCAUUAAAAAGUGCAUGCAUAAUUUUGCACAAUUUAGAUUCAAUUGACAGUCUAUUCAAAGAAGUCUCAGGAUUAAAUGAGCAUGGAGACCAAAUUGCCCUCUUACCCCAGAAAAGGGGUGGUCCUUUCUAGUCAGACUAGCACUUCAUUGGCCCAGCAGUGUGACAAAUCUUGCAAUGAACCCUGCAGUAGCCUGCAUCUGUAGGUUAAUAGCAGUCUUUUGUCUCCGUUGCUUUCUCUUCAUAGCCUUUUUACUGAAUUCCAUCACAGAAAGUUUUACAAUUAAAAAAAAAUGUCCUGACAACCAUUUUUGUAAGUGGACCUUACCAUCUAAUCGUCCCUUAUUCAACGUGGGUGACAUUAACAAAAUGUGAACUUCUCGUGAGGGAGCCAGCUGUCUAAAUCUGUCAAAUUGUGCAGUUUUAUUACACAUUCUCCCAUUCAUAGUUUCACUGAAAACAAUAAGGAUACUGCUAUAUAUUCAGCAAAAUCUGAAAAAUCCAGCGUUUCUUCUUACAUCCUUAAUCUUUCCAUUUCUUCCAAAAGAAUCUUUCCAAAAGAAAAGGUGUUAUAUUGCCGUGAGUUCUCCAAUUUAAAAAUAUCUAUAUUAAAUUGACCAAGCCCAGAUUGUUUUAUACAGUCCUUUCCCAAGUGAAGAGUUUCAAAUGACUUAGAAAAACAUAUGUACCCCAGGUGUCAUUGUUUAUUCUAUUGUGAGUCAUUAGAAUAAAAGACCAAAAUCUUCUAAAAAGGAGAGAGCAAGAUCCAUGGAUAUUAAACCCAAACAAAAAAAGUAAAGUCGUUGGAGUCAUUUCUUUAUGUUCUUAGGAAAGAAGAAAAUAGCAAAGGCUAAUUGAGGGCUACAUAUUUUAAAUGCAGUGUCAUUUCAAAAGAUCCUUUGACCUUUCCUUUGAAGUAGAUUUUUAAAAUAUGUGACUGGAGAAUUAUCUUAAAAAUUCAUGGUGAGAGGCAGGUAGGAAUUGGUUGAAAAGUAUGAGCUAGGGAAAAGUUAAUGUUUCAAUACACAAAUGGCAACAUCUCCUUGGUUCAUAAGGCACACAAUCAAAAUAGAAGAAAAAUGUCCUUGGUAUGAGUGCAGAUGUAUGAGAUAAAGAUUAAACAAAGAAAUAGGAAGAUGUAUAUUAUUGAUUUGUCCAUUCUAGAGGUUAAAUUUUGGCUGCCAAUUUAAUGUGAAAUGCUGUUAUGGUAGUUAUAAAGAGUUGGAGAAAAGCUUUCUACCACUGCUUCUGCCACACUCUUGUCCUGGUUAAUAGAACUUUGUUUUCUCGCCAAUUAUUUAAGGUAAUGAGAAGAAAACUGAAUUGGCACAUGAUUACAGUAAAAAGAAGGGAAGAGUUAAGAAACUUGAGUGAUGGCAAUAAAAAGUGCUUCCAUCCAUAACUUUUCUUCUUAGAAUUUUGUUUCAAUGUGGCUCUUGUAAAAUGUAUCUUUUAUUUUAUCACAAAGAAUACUCAGUUUUCUCAGAUUAAUGGACUAUCUCAUAAAGAAAGAGCGAAGAAACUUACACAUACAACAUAUACACACAACCUAAGUAGAAAACCAUUCUCCUUUCGUUUACAUACUUCAGAGCAGGCACUUCUUCUCUAUUUCUUUCUUUGAAAAUAAUUACAUAAUAAUGUACUAACAAUAUUUAAUGUAUCUCUUUUCGAUAUUGUUUUUAUCUCUGAAUCAUAAACUAUACAACAAGCCUACUAAGUGUAAGACAUGAGGUUAGAUGCCACAUUUAGGGUCUUUCAAAGUACACAUUAAUUUAAACUUUUAUUAGUCUAAAUUUCUUAGUUUUGACAUAUAAAAGAGAAAUGAAGUCCAAAUUUUUAAGAGGAAAAUAAGAUAUACCAUAGGUAGUUGUAUUGAUUUAUCAAUAAAUUAAAGUUUCUGAGCAUCGCCAUAGAAUAGUACCUAUGAUAUCUAUCUUUCUCUCUCACUCUCUUGUCUCUCUCUCUACCUCUCUUCUCCCCCUCCAUAUAUCCUUCUUCCUUUUAACCUUUCCCUUCUCCUCUAUUUCUAUUGGUUUUGACUAAACAGACAUGUCUUCAGUACACCCAUAAUGAAAAUGUCCUGGGGUAGGGUUGCUACUGAUUUUGCUGGUUAUGAUCUUUUCUUUAUUUUCCUGAAAAAUGCCCUCUCCUGGUGUCACAUUUGCUCAGACUCUAUAUCAAGAAGAACAGUAGACAAAUAUGAACAUAUUAGACUGAUCUAUUAUAACCAUUUGAAAGAAAUAACCAAAAGCAUAAAUGACUGCCAGCCUGGAUGCUCCAGUUCAACUGGUGUUCCAUCAUAGAUACAGGAAAGACACAAGGAAUAUCCCCAGUCAAGAGCCUGAGCAAACAGUAGUGAAAGUUAGUAGCUAGUUGCUAUUCAAUUAAAAACCAUGACUAUGGACUGUCUUUUGAAGAAGAUUAUUCCAAAUCUAUGAGGAUAAAAUAAGAAGUAGUUCCCUCAAUGGAGACUUCAGAAUCUUCUUUCCCCAUCUCUGGGAUAAGACUUGAACUUGCAGAGAACUCAUACCAAAAUUCUAUGCCCAGAAAAUAUACGUAUUUCUAUAUUACCCCCGGGAAGUUAGUGGGCCUAUUAUUGUGAAUGCUGGCCAUACCUUCAGAAAGUUCCUCUUUAGAAUAUCCUAAAGAAAUAUAUGUUUGCUAUCUUCCCUUCUUUCUCUUUGCUACAUCAACACAACUUAGUCAUACCUCCAAUAAUUAAGAUGGUGUCAAAGAAGAUGGGAAACUUAAGAAUAGAAGCAUUUUGAUAUUAAAAAUAUUAAAAACAUGACCAUAGAACCUGCCAAACACUAAUCCUAGCCAACUUCAACACUUCUUUCUCUUAAAUGUGUCCUCAUAAGUUUUGGAAAUUGCCUUCAAAUGGCUGUUUAGGAGAGUAAGAUGAUGCCUUCCUGAGUGCGUGAGGGAGUGUUACAGCACCGUUUCUUCUCAAUCAUAUUGGUAGUUUCUGCGCUGCUGUGGAGAGGUUUAUUCAUUUAUCAGAUUAGCACUUUUCUUAAAUUCUCAUUAAAUAUGAACCCAAGACACACUCAUCAUUUACCUUGCUUUCCCAUAACCAUUUGUGUAGGUCAUAUAUAAGUUGGUUGAAAAAACAAAAAAUGAGUGAUGGAUUCCUUGUAUCAACAUAAAGCCUUGGGCCUAAAACCUGUUAUUGCUUUUUUUAGCCAGUUACAUAGUGAUUUAUAAACCAAAAAAGAAGUAUCAACUCAACAUAGAAUUCUAGGUUACAUCUCAUGUAUAUCACAAAGUCAGACGUCACGUUUCAUUCAGGAUUUUUUUUUUGCAUAUGUGCAUUACGUAUUAGUUAAAAUCAAAGUACAAGUAUACAUAUACAAGCAAAUUAACAUAAAUGUAUGGUGAGGUAUCACAAUUGACUAUAAUAUUUUCAGUUAAAAAGACAUUUUAGCACAUAGGAUAGAAAAAACAACAUUCACAGUGAUGGGAAAUUCAUAAUGGCUAAAUAUAAGAUCAGUUUUGUCUUCACAGCUAGAAACUAAUUCUUGUACAUUUCCUUUUGCCCUAAAGAAUAACUAGCCAAUAGUUUCCAUUCACAUGAACAGUGUGUGGUCAGGUUUGGCAUAGUAUGUGCCCAAAAUGUAUGCUGGAUGUUUCUUUACCUCGUUUUCUUAAAAUCUGAGACAUGACUUUCCUAGAAUAAAUUAAGAUUUCAUGUAUAGUAGAAUCUGUUUCAUAAUACUAUUUUGAGAAGUUGAAUUGACAACUUAGGAGGUAUCAGAUAUUUCCCUUAUGGCGUUACAUUCAUAGGACAUUUUUGGAUAUGCAUUUCACCAAGAACCAUGUAGUAAAAAGAUCAAUGAUACUGAAGUACUAUGGAAUUUUUGAAACCUGAUUCCCUAGGACACGCUAAAGAAGACUGUUUAUUUAAAAGAAACCCAUCUAAUUAAAAUGAAAAAAAUUGUCAAAUCAUUAUAAUUAGUAAGCAUAAGAGAAACCUGAAAAGAGACUCUGUGUCUUUCUAGGCUUUAUCUGUGAUUAAUUUUGUCCAGUUUUAAAGAAUGGUUAACUUUAUCAUUGUUCUAACAUGUUUUGGUUUCCCUAGUUCAUUUUCGUUUAGGUUGUGGACAGGGCAAUCUGUCCAUACCCUUACUCGUGGAAAAUACCAGAACGAAUCCUUGCUUGAAUUUCUGUUAAUAAGAGGCAGAAGGCUAUAGGAACAAGUAGUAAAAACAGGUACACUUGUAAGGGAGCAGAGUUAAUAUACACUAGUUGGGAUUUCUACAAGUGUUCUUCUAAAAAGUAACACACAGUCAUUAGCUCAGAUAAUCCCUCUAAGUUUGAAUUAAUCUGACUUAUUUAACCAAGUUAUUAUAAUCUGCCGUUCUCUUUGAUCGCUCUAUUAUUCAGCCAUCCAUCCAUUCAUUAAUUCAAUAAAUAUUUAUUGAAGUGCCUAGCAUGAUCAUGUGCUAUAGAAAAGGCAAGGACGUUUACAGUGGGGGAUUGUGAGCCCAGUGGAUAUGAUGAACAUGUUGGAAGCAAAAGACAAUAAUCACACUCAGUGAGCUCCAUUCAGCUCAUUAGAAUCCAGCAAUAAUAGUACAGAUGGCCUAAAGUACGUUUGUGUGUAUCUGUACGUGUGCACACACCCAUGUAUAUAUAUUUAUCUAUCUGUACAAACACUACAUAUGUAUACACACUAUCUAUGUAAUAUAUAAUAUAUGUAUAAUGCAUAUAAAUUCUAACAAGUGUAUUUGUGUUAUCUUUAAAAUAGAACAAUUGUAUCUUGAAGUGGUAAAUGCAGAGAAUUGGUGUUUAUUGUUGAUCUGUGGAUUUAAUGAUUUUUAGGUGAAAAGGAUGUUUAAGUGUAUAAUUUCUUUUCUUAAUUUAAUAUAUUUAUGUAAAUGCAUGCCUGAAAUUUGGUUAGAUUGGCUGUGUUUUGUGUCCUUUAACAUGAUCAAAUGUAUUAAACUUUAUCUUAUGACCUGA